CUAGGUUUCAUUUCGUUGCUUACAGAACAUAGAAGCGACAACGUUUUGAGUAACAAAAUCUAGAGAGAGAAGAGGGAAGAUAGCGAUCAGAAGAAAGGAUGAUAGAGGAAGGUCCACCGGCUCCGAAGGUUCUCCGUAUGGUCAUCUUCGUCGGCGCCGGAUUUUUAUGUACUUUCGCAAUCAACAAAUGGCGUGAGAUGGAGAAGAAAUCAAUACUGAAACAGGAGGAGAAGAAUCAACAAGGAGAGGGAGGUCUAUUGCAUCAAAUUCCUGCAGAUUCGGUUCAGAAAGCCAUGAAAUGAUGAUCUUUUCUCCUUUUCUAUAUUAUAUGUAUUGUUUUUGAUCCAGAUGCAAAACAAAAAACAUCGCAACUAUCUUUGACCUCAAUGUUUGCAUUUUUUUUUUUUAAUGUUCCCCUCAAUUUUGUAUUGCAUUUGCUGAACAUUUCUGUCAUUCCUUAAACCUUAUGAUAUCUGGACAUAGUGGUCUUCUACUUGUGUACACAGGGCGAAGAUUGUUGGUUUGAGAGCUAAGUAAGAAUCAAGUUUCGCU